AUGAUCCGGCACCCGCUAUACUCGGCCGUAGGCCGCACAAGAGCCGACCUCACACGCGUCACGGACGGCAUCGCCGCCUCGCUACGGCACUUCUCGGCCGCGCAGCGACGAAGCGCUCCUCCUCCCCCAGACAGCAGCAACGGCAACAACGAUGACGGGAGCAGCAGCACCAGCAACAACAGCGGUUCCCGGCGCCAGCGCGCCGCGGCCGCCUUUGACGAGCUCAUGUCCAUUAACAACGACGCCCAGCCCUCCCAGUCGUCUCAGCCCUCCCGGCAGCAGCCGACUUCGUCGAACGAGUUCUCCCGGUCCGCGAGUCUUGGGAACAACGAUUUCCACUCUUCGAGCUCGCGGCCGAAUAUGAACCAGCCGAAUCUCAUCUCUGUACCCCGCGGCGGUAUGGGCGGGAGCAUGGGCAUGGGGAAUGGCUUCCGCGGCGGUAACAACAAUAACGGGGGCGGCGGCUUCCGAGGCGGUUACGAUAACGGUGGCAGUGGUUUCCGAGGCGGAAGCAACAAUAGCAGCGGCGGUCCGAGCAUCAUCCGCGGCGGCUUCCGCGGGCGCGGCAGAGGCAGCUUUGCCGGCCGCGGUGGACCGGGCGGUGCGAGUCGAGGCCGUGGCAGAGGCAGAGGAGGCGGAGGAAUGGGCCCAGGGCGCGACGACCGCCCUCAACGACGAGGGCGCGGUCGUGGACGCGGAGGCGGCGAAGACGGCGGUGCGCGCGGCCGGAAGAAAACCGAGGACGAAGAGCACGAAGCGGACAUGGACUACGUCGCGCCCGACGUGCAGGCGUACCUCGAAUCGAAGGACAUCGGCACACCGAUGGCGUUCGACCCCUCCGUCUCGCUGGCAUCCCUAACGGGCUACGGGCCCGCGCUCCCCACGUCAAACACAGGCACCUCCGCCUUCGCGGCCUCCGAGACGGUCGUGCGCCAGGCGCGCAUCCUGGGUGGGGGGCAGGCGUACCACCCGACGCACCUGCUACACCCGCACGACAUCCGCGCCGCCUACGCCAGCGCCGACGGGCCGGGCAUCUUCUUCCCGACGCAAAACCCAACCGAGGCGUGCGAAUGGACGCAGCGCGCCAUCAGGAACAAGGACAUUGCGAACCCCGUGCCAGACGAGACCAAGAAGGCCGUGCUGGAGGAUGCGCUGCUGGGGCGGUACGACGGCCCCAAGUUCGCCGAGGACCCGACGGGUAUUGUGCGUAGUUAUGUCAAGAGGGACGGCACGUGGAAUGCCGAUGCGGAGCGGCGGAUCGAGGCCAAGGUCCGGAGUCUGUUGCCUGGUGGUGGUGUGGCGAAGGCUGGGGGCGCGAGGCCGAAGGCUUGA